GUCGUCGUCAUGGCCAAUCACGACAACGGCCAUGUUCCUAUACGAUUCGUUUCAUUGGGAAUGGUGAUUUUGGACGAGCUACGCCUGCCAGGAGGGAGAGUUCUGUACGAUGUGCUGGGAGGAUCGUGCUCGUAUAGCACAAUUGGAGCCUGUAUAGCAGUCGAUGGCGAUGCUGGACAGGUCGGCUGUCUGGUUCUCGCCGGCCAAGACUUCCCCAUCAAUGCAGAAGAGCAGAUACGCGGCUGGAGAUUGAGCUUGACGAUUCGAAAAGCACCAGAACGCGAGUCGAUGAGGGGAAAGCUCGAGUAUCAUGAUGAUGACUUUUCCAAAAAGACGUUUGGGUAUUUGACGCCUCCUUUGCAGCCGACUCCGGCCGACUUACCUUUUGAAUUGCUCAAUUCGACUGCGUUCCAUUUCCUGGCGAGUCCGGAACUCGUCACGCAACAAAUUACAGAUCUGUUACGAAUUCGUCAGGAGCAUGGAAUCACUGCCAAGCCCUUGCUGAUAUGGGAGCCCUCUCCUCUCUCGUGCCGACCCAAUAGCCUUGCUGCGCACGUGGAAGCCAGUCAGCUGGUCGAUGUGUUCUCGCCGAACCAUCUGGAGCUGGAAGCACUACUGGGUCGACUGCAAUCACAAGGAUCACAAGCGCCAUCGGAGACGGGGAGAGAACACAUUCAAAGUUGCACGGCCGCAUUCAUGACAGAUGCAUCAGCAAGUGCGGCGAUAGAGCAGCUUUGCAUCGUUCGAGCAGGCGAGUAUGGUGCGUUGAUUGCCACGAGGACGGAGAACGCGGCGGGCGCAGAGCAAAUCGACAUGACCUGGGUGGAUGCAUUCUACUCGGUGGACGAGAAGGAUCGGAUAGUGGACGCUACGGGGGCCGGCAAUGCGUUUCUAGGGGCAUUGGCAAUAGAGCUGCAACAGAACGGGGGCGAUGCAGUGGAGGCUUCCGUGAAAGCGAGCGUGGCGAGCAGCUUCGUGGUCGAGCAAGUAGGCCUUCCGGUCCUGUGUGGAGAUCCGGGCGCUGAAACUUGGAAUGGGAUAUCCGUGGGCUCGCGAAUGGAGGAGUAUGAACGCAAGACGCGUCCGGCCUUGACCUGA